AUGGAUGAGGGGAUUAAGAUGGAGGUUGGAAGGAGGAUUGGGAUGGAGGAGGUGGAAAUGCUCUCGAGCCACAGCCUUCUUGCGGAGUAUCCGAAGAGCUUCAAGCUGCUUCUCAUAGUCUAUGUCGGCUAUGAAGUCCUUCUUGAGAGGGCUUGGACACUUGAGCCUGUACUCGAACUUCCUUCUCUGCUUCACAAUCUCUGCAAUCCCGCGUUGCGAGAAAAGUCCUUGGCGCUAGAGGUCGUCGAGCUCGUCCACCAUGCGCUCGAGCUUGUACUGAACCGCGUCCGCCAUUCAUAUGCAUUGGAUUAUCUUCAUCGCCAUUGUGAAAUGGCUUUUAUUCAUUGUGACUUAAAGCCAAGUAAUAUUCUUCUUGACGGUGAUUUGUGUGCCCAUGUUAGUGAUUUUGGCUUGACAAAGAUUUUUUCAACAACCAAUGAAAUUUCUAUUCAUCAGCAAUCAAGUUCGAUUGGGAUCAGAGGAACAAUUGGCUAUGUUGCCCCAAAGUAUGGCAUGGGUGAGGAGGUAUCAACACAAGGUGAUAUGUAUAGUUAUGGAAUGUUACUGCUAGAAAUGUCCACAGGAAAAAGACCAACCAGUAACAUGUUUAUAGGUAAUGUAAACCUCCAUAGCUAUGUAAAAAUGUGUCUUUUGGAGCAAGUAAUGAAGAUCAUUGAUCCGCAAAUCAUAUUGGAAAUGGAAGAGGAGCCAAGUAGGAGCAUGCAAAGUAGUACAACUAACAUUUCGAAACUAAAGGCUUGCCUAGUACCAGUCUUCCAAAUUGGAGUUUUAUGUUCUGCUGAAAUGCCAAGUGAAAGAAUGAGUGUGAAAGAUGUUCUCAAAGAACAACACAAGCUUAGAAACAUAUUUCUUGGGAUUAGAGGACAAAGGCAUGAGGAUAGAUGA